GUUACUAGGGUUUAUAGCAAAAUCCAACCAAACUUUGCCCUCACUUACUCGGAAUCCAAACGGAGAAAGAACAAUGCCUACUUACAAAAUCAGAGGUAUUGAUGUAGAUUUUCCGUACGAGGCAUACGAUUGCCAACUCGUUUACAUGGACAAAGUCAUACAGUCUCUGCAAAAUAAAUGUAAUGCACUGUUGGAGAGUCCUACUGGAACUGGGAAAACGUUGUGUCUUCUCUGUGCCACGUUGGCUUGGAGGAAGAGUUUGGGUGAUUUCAAUACUUCCAGGACUGAAAAGGGUGAACAGGUUGCUGGGAGCCAGUCAUUGGAGGGUUUGUCACAAUCCAAGGCAUCUAAGCUUCCUAAAAUAGUUUAUACAUCACGCACUCACAGCCAACUCCGGCAAGUGAUUCGAGAGCUAAAAAGAACUAUCUACAGGCCCAAAAUGGUUAUAUUAGGAUCUCGAGAGCAAUUUUGCAUCCAUAAGGAAGUCAGUUUGCUUCGUGGAAGUGCACAAAACAAUGCCUGCAGAUUCCUUUGCAAAAAGGGCUCAAGGCGUUACUGCAGUCACCAUAAUCGCACUGCCAAUUAUUUGAAGAACAAUCUUCACAUUGGAGAUGAACCUAUUGACAUAGAGGAUUUGGUCAAUAUUGGACGACAAUUUGGACCGUGUCCAUAUUUUCUAUCCAAAGAGCUCCACUUGGUUGUUGAUAUCUUAUUUGCACCCUAUAACUAUCUUAUUGAUCCUGGGUAUAGAAGAGGUCUUGGCCUGAACUGGGAGAACAGUAUACUUAUAUUUGAUGAAGCUCACAACCUGGAAAGUUUAUGUGCAGAAGCAGCCUCCUUUGACUUGCAUCCUGGGCUUCUUACAGCUUGCAUCUCUGAAGCAAAUAAUUGUAUUGACCUUUUGUCAAAUAGGGAACAUUCAAAUGAAAAAUUGUCAAAGCCUGAAGAUUUUGCUGUUCUUAGAGCACUUCUUCUGAAGCUUCAGAAGCAAAUUUCUGAGGUGCCCAUUAAUUCCAAGGAGUUGGGAUUUACUAAGCCAGGGCCAUACAUCUAUGAACUACUUGCUGAUCUGAAUAUCACAAAAGAAACGGUCUCUAAGCUCAUUGAUAUAAUUAAGUUCGCUGUUGAACUUCUUCAAGAAGAUAAGCUGCAGAAGGGGUUGGACAAUGCCUGCAGGCUACAGAGCAUUAUUGACAUCCUGAAUAUUAUCUUUAGAGAUAACGGGAUUGCUCAUGCAACAUUCUAUCGUGUUCAUGUGCAGGAAGCCGACACAAAUGCUGCAGAUGUUUUGAAAGGUAAGGCUUCGAGGACCCUCAGCUGGUGGUGCUUUAAUCCUGGAAUUGCAAUGCAAGAGUUCUCUGUGAUGGGUGUUGGCUCUAUUAUAUUGACUUCUGGGACAUUGUCACCUAUGGAUUCAUUUGCACAGGAAUUGAAAUUGGAUUUCCCUGUGCGAUUGGAAAAUCCUCAUGUCAUAUCCUCAAAUCAGAUAUGGGCUGGAGUUGUACCUACUGGUCCUUCGGGUUACUUUUUAAAUUCCUCUUAUCGGAAUCGAGAUUCUCUAGAAUACAAGCAAGAGCUUGGAAAUGCAAUCGUCAAUAUUGCUCGUAUUGUACCUGAUGGACUCCUCAUAUUUUUUCCAUCAUAUUAUCUUUUGGACCAAUGCAUUGGGUGCUGGAAAAAUAUGAGUCAUGGAAAUUUAACAACAAUAUGGGAAAGAAUCUGCAAAUAUAAGAAACCUGUUGUGGAACCGAGACAAUCGACAUUGUUUCAAUUGGCAAUUGAGGACUAUAUGGCUAAGUUGAGGGACCCCUCAACUUCUGGUGCAGUAUUUUUUGCUGUAUGUCGUGGAAAGGUGAGUGAAGGAUUGGAUUUUGCUGACUUUGCUGGAAGAGCUGUUGUCAUUACUGGUAUGCCAUUUGCUACACUGACUGAUCCUAAGGUUCGUCUGAAACGUGAGUACUUGGAUCUACAGGCACAAUCACAGAGACAAGGAUAUAAGGGGCUAAAGUUGCCAGUCCUGACUGGAGAAGACUGGUACAAUCAACAAGCAUCACGGGCCGUAAAUCAGGCUAUUGGACGUGUGAUUCGUCAUCGCCAUGAUUAUGGGGCAAUUAUCUUUUGUGAUGAAAGGUUUGCACAUUCAAAUCGCCAAUCUCAAAUAUCACGUUGGAUACAGCCUCACAUCAAGUGUUACUCCAAAUAUGGGGAUAUGGUUUUUAUGCUCACCCGGUUCUUCCGAGAUGCAGCAAUUUCUUUACCUACAAACCUCAAGUCAAUAAAAAUUAAAGACAUGGGAAAUGAAAGAGAAACACAAUAUCCCCUGGAUAAAUCCUACCCAGAAAAGAUUCUUACUCUGAGUGCAGCUGUGGAUCGAUCUUACAUAUCUUCUUCUGAAGUCAAAAGAAGCAACAGUUCAAGCCACCUUGAAGUGCUACCUGCCAAUCGCUCAUCCCUCAGUCCUUUUCAAGCUUCUAAUUUAAAAGGUUCAAGUGACCUAGUUCAUUAUGAGAAAAAAAUGUUACACUUUGGGAGGAAAAUUACACAAUUGCAAAAUCAUGAAGUGAUUGAUUUAUCUGGUAAUUCUUUAUUGGAUAAAAAGCCAAGGAAAGAGGAAGCAAUAGCCCCUUGUUCUAUUAAGAAGCGUAAAUUACUAAAUACUGAGCUUGAUGCGUGUAUUUCAAAUGCCACUGAAAUUGCAUCUGGUGCUGAAAGUUCAGAAUUAAGUUACCCUCUUUAUAGAACUUGUUUAGGGAAACAUGAAAAACCACAGAUUUCUGAUAGUAGAAGCAGGCUAAGCGCUGAAGUUUCGGCAUUGCCAUGUAAGGUUGAUGGUACACUCCAGAGGGGAGAUGGUGAGUUUCUCAGUCAGAAAAGUGAAGCUGAUCAAUCUAGUGUUAGUGGUGAUGAGAAAACAAAAGGAUCUUCAUUUCUUAUUCAGGUUAAAAAAGAACUCAGUGCUACGGAAUAUAAAGAAUUUGUUGGGUUUAUGAAGGCACUGAAGUCUAAGGCAAUGAAAAUUGGUCAUGUUCUACAAUCAAUUGCAGAUUUAUUCUCUGGGCCUGAGAGGCUUCCUCUUCUGAGAAGCUUCAAGGAUUAUGUCCCUGCAAAGUACCAUUCUAUAUAUGAGCAGUACCUUCCUACAAAUGGUUGAAUUCUCCAUGAUAAGACAAGGAACCCUAAACAAGACCCUGAAAGGCUUUUGGUCUAAUCGAUUUUGUGUGAGAAGUAAGCUACCUUGGCUUGAAGGAUUUAAGGCUUGCCAGCCUUAAAUGACACAAAGUAACGGAAUGUCUGGCUUGCUUUAUCCAUUGUCCGAACUAGUGUGCCACUCUCAUCUCAUGGUAAGAGACCAUGUUCAUAAAACAAUAUGUUCAUAGAUGUAAUGGAAGAAGAUUAGGUGUAAAGAUCUUCAUUGAUCUUACUCACAGCCCUUAUAAUGCAAGAGCUAUUUGGGUUGCUGGCUCACCACAAUGAUGCAGAAGAAGGGAUCAAUGAUUUUGGUUAAUUUCACCAGGUACUCGCAUAUAUUUAUUUCUUAAGCUGAUAUUGUGGUGAAAUAUUUUGAAGUCUGAUGUUCCUUCCUGUAAUAUUUCAGACUACCAGGGAAAGGAAGGAUUUCAAAGUAUACUAAGGGAUAAAAAAAAGCAUUGUGGCUGCUUAUAUUACUAGUAUUAGAAAUGUUUAAUGCGUAGAUGAAGAUACAAGUUAAUACUUGAUAAUAGAGCUACAUGUUCCUACAAUGAUUUGUCAUAAGAGACCACUUAACUUCCUUUUCUUCUAGGCCCUUGAGAAAGUUUCUUUUUUGGUACAACCCACCAAUAAAACCAUGUUAUUGUAAAUAAUAAAAUUAUUAUACAUAUUUUGAGUAUAUAAAAUAGGUAUACAAAUGUA